UUUUUAAUUCAUUUUAAUUAAAAUUUUCAUAAUAAAUUUAAAAUGAAUAAAACUAUUGUAAUUAUUGUUGAGCUGACUUACAAAAAUGGCGGAUCACGAUAAAACAAUGGACAUGCAGUUAAAGUUAUUGAAAAAUACAAAAAUUCAAGUUUUUGUUGAUGAAGUUUUACCAGACAUACUUGUAGUUACUUAUGAAUUCGGUGUUAAAAUUUUCAAGGGGGUACUUCUCGACUCAUGUAAAAGAAAUUUACCCUACGGUGUUCAAACCCUUCAUCCAGCAUUCACCACCAAAACAAACAAUGCAGAUGAUGAUCUCCUCUUCUCAGUCAACCAAAGGUUCACUUACACAGAUCCCAAGAGUAGAAACAAAAAUGUUAGAAUACCCUCUCGUUUCAAGAAUAACAGGAUGACUGUGAGACUACGUCCUCGUCAGGUCUUAUGCUCCAAAUGCAAGGCUGUUUGCAAUGAAAACUCUGAGAGUGUUUCUAGAAAACGUAAAUCUUCAGAAUCUGUACCGGCACCCCAAAAUGUCAAACGGAGCGCCAAUGCCCCCAUGACCAGAUCAGCUUAUAACAUCGAACACCAAAACAGAACCAGCAACAGUAACAAUAAUAAUAAAAGUAAAGGUUCAAAGUCCAUUCAAACUUUAAUACCCAAACUACACAGACUUCAAUCUCAAAAUACUUUGAGUGCCAUCAGUGGAGGAUGUAGGACAGAGAAAGAAGAGACAAAUAUUAGUACUGCUGUAAAUUCAACAUCAAAACCUGACACGACUGAUGGCGCUGAAGAAAAUCAAGAAAAUAAAUUGUUAUCACCUCAUUCCAUGCAGCAUUCCGAUAACUCCAAUGAUUCACUCCAGUCCUUAGAGGUGAAUGAGACUAAAAUAAGUAAUAACACACAGCCCCUGGCGAAGUCUAUUAAAAGAUCGUUACGUAAAAAACGCAGCGUUGGCUCUAUGGAGGACCUUUGGGAUGAAAGUGUGUUCGAGGAGAAUCGGCACCCUUCUGAAAACGGCAGCGCCCUGAACGAACAGCACCAGAACACAAUGGCUGUUAUUAACACGAAAACGAUAAAAAUAUCGUUCGGAUCACAAGGCGAGGGUACAGUGCUCAAGAUACCUGCCCAAAUCGAAAACUUGCAUCAUAUAAGUGACGACUCUGAAGAAAACAACAGUAAAAUCGAGUCCCGAGACUUAGGGAAGACGCUGGACAACAAAGCGGCACGUAAAGCUUUUAAAAAAGCCAAAAAGAAAGCCAGACACAAAGUUUUAUUAUGCAAUUCCCCCAGUUACAUUAGCGGAAUGUCUCCCAGGUAUACGAUAGGCGGUUCUUCCCCCAGAUACAUGUUGGGAGGCAAUUCGCCCCGAUAUGUUACAUCCUCUACUAGUGAUUAUAUGCCCAAAAGACACAAACAUAAAAUGAAGAGGAAAAAGAAACACAGAGAGGACAAGGAUAAAGACAGAAAGCAUAGGGAUGAAGAGGUAUCCCAAUCACAAUCAGAUGCCCCUUACCACUAUCAAAACAAAGAAUCGACGAUCACUCAAAAACUGUCUAUUAAUCUGAAACGUCUCAAUAACACUCUUUACACGUCAUGCCAGAGCGCUUCGGAAAAGGGUGAUGGUAAUUCAUCAAGUUCAGACGAACAUAGCGAACAGGUGCCCGAUUUUCCCUCGUCAAAUCCGCCCCUUAUACUACGGAUGAACUCUCAAACCGUCACUAGUGCUUUAGGAGCUGACGGAGUUAGAUUGGCUGUGGGUGAUGUAGUCUGGGGAAAAAUACAUGGUUUUCCCUGGUGGCCUGGCAAAGUGUUGACCAUAACGGCGUCCUCUCAGCAGGUCCCCCAAGCGCACGUGGCCUGGUACGGAUCGUCCACGUCUUCGCUCAUACAGUGUGAUCAACUUAGUCCUUACUUAGAGAAUUUUAAGAUACGUUACAAUAAAAAAAAGAGGGGACCAUACAAAGAAGCGAUAAGGCAAGCAACCACAGAGGCGAAAGAGAACGCGGAGAAUAAAAUGAGGAGGGACGCAACGAUAGUAACGUCCCCUACGCAUAGUAUAAUAACUGUGCCCCCUCCUGCUUUAGCGUCGCCCCGCGAAAUAGACGUGAUGUCGUAAGAUUUAAUUUUUUACAUUAAAUAUAAACUAGUGAUUUCUUUGCGUCACAACGGAUAUUUUUUGUACGAUGUUAUAAACAAUGUUGCUUGUCAUAUAAGGACUUUGUUGUUAGCAUCUGUAUAACGUGCAUUUUAAUUCUUAUUUGUCGGAAAGUUUGAAUAAUUUUUUUUUGUAUUUGGAAAAUGUAAAAAUACUCGUGCGUUUUGUGCCAUUUAAGGUAUGUUUAAUCCAUCACGUUAUUAUUUCUGAUAUUUAACUUCUCAUUAGCAUCAGCAUCAUUAAGCAUUAAUCUUUUUAUUUAAAAAAUACAUAAAAAAAAAGAUUUAGAUUAAAAUAUAUCUGGAGAAGGGUAAAAUAUAUUUUUUUUCGUAUACAAAUUUUCAGAAUCAUAUACUUUGUUUUUACAAGUUUUCUAGACUCGUAUUUUAUUGUUCGGUUAUACUUUUGCUGUUGACUUAUUCUAAUUUGUUAUUGUAAGGCUUAAAUUUUUGUACUUAUAUUUAUUUGUUAUUUAAAACAAUAGGGUAAACAUGGCUACAUUUAUUACUUACUAUUGUUGCGUAUUUUCUUGUUUUGAAAACGAAAAAAAGAAAGAAAAGCAACAGUUAAACGUAAUAAUAAUUUUUAAUUGACAAUUUAUUAUUGCUGUUAUUGACUCGGGUUCCUAAAAAGCCUAAUAAGCUGCCAACAGUUUUAAGUAAAUCAAAGAAAACGCGUUGGUGUUCACUUUGCAAAUGAGAUGUAAAUAAACAUUGUAUAAAAAUAUAUUUUUUACUUUCGUUUUUGAAACACGUUAACGUUAGUUACUGACAGAAUUCGUAGUUUGGUUGGUGUGACACACUUGUAAUUAUAUUUUUACUCUUUAAACAUAAUUUGAAACUUUGUUGAUAUAUCGGUUACAAUAAAUAUAUCUGUGAUUUUAUUA